GAGGAUUUAGAUGGUUGUGAAAUGAUGGAAUGUCCACUGGAGAAGGGUGUCAUUCGAAAUUUCACGAUGAACGUCGACAUGCGCGAUGGUGCAGCGUUCCUUGACAAUGGGAAAUUAUAUCAGCUGAGAAUGAUCAUUAAAAAUGGCGAUCGACCGAAGAACGUACGUCUCGCCGACUAUGAGCCUCCACUACUCGGAUGUACAGUAAUGCAGGCAACGAUUUUGUGA